AGCAAGCGCAGAGAGGAAGGGGGUCGGAGAGCGCAGAGAGGAAGGGGCCGGAGAGAGAAGAGAGAGGCGCAGUUGAGCAAGUGAGCUAACUAGCUAAAGCCAGUCAGUGAGGCCGAGGUGGACAGUUUUGACGUGACAGUGGAGAAUGGGGAGGACUCUGCACGCCCGGCGAGUUUUGUCCGCAGAAAGGGAUCUCAAACUCGAUCUCUACCCAUCUGAGAGCGUGUGCUGAAACUGGAGAAACACCGGUGGAAAGGAAGGAAUGGCUGAUCCUCUGCGGAGGAAUUUAUUAGCAAAACUUCGGGGGAAGAAAUCUAAGAAAGGGACGCCGGCUGGUGGAUACGGCGCUGCGACUAAUGGGGGCAGAGCAGGUAAAGGAAAAGUUUCUCAAAACCCAGACGGCCAAACUCGUCCAGUAGUAAUGUUCGCAGAGGUGCAUUGUCUGACAGACAACAUCAUGAGAGGUAACGACAGUUACGUUAACGGCAUUGUAGUAAACAAGGUUGGAUUAGAUCAAGAGCAGAGCACGGUAGGAGUUGUUGAGACGAGUGAGUUUCCCCAGCAGUACGAGGCUUCAGCUAACAUGCACAUAAACACUAGCCGGGGGCCAGGGGACAAUCAGGGUAGCGGGUGCUCCGGGAUUAGGGGUCGAGUAAAUGAGGAACUCUUGGGGGUCUCACUUCAAAGAGCAACUCAGUACGAGGGGAACGAUAGAGACGAGAUGAUCAGAAUCCAUAAACAAGGGCCCGGCUACUUCUCUGGACAAUUACAACAAGGACACAUAGGGAGACCGCACGAACAGAGAAAACACUUUGUCCCCAUUCCGCGACAGUAUAGCGCAGGGGAUUCAAUAGGGUUUGGGAGCAAUAGUCCUAAUAAUCACAUUAUAUACCACAGAAGGCCAGAUGGGGUAGUUAAAAUGACAAAUGGCCACUAUCCUGCUUCAAAGAAUAAUGGAACAAAUGUCUGCUUUGACAAAGAUCUAAAGACUCGAGUAAGCCACGGGCAGCCAGACGACUCCUGCCAUCAAACUGUGUACAACUACAAGGCAGACAACGGGCAGAGGUCUAUAAAUGAUUUAAAGUUUACGGCAAACGUGCAUCCUGGCCACAACCAAAUAUUGAAAACAAAUGUUACAACUAACGGGACGCAAAUGUGUCCGCCGGGUAUCCCGUYUGCGCAUCAUCCGGACAGUAAUUACACCGAGGAAAACAUUGUGAUUAGAAACAUAGAGAGUUACGGGAGCUCGCCUGAAUUUACAGGGGACAACAUUAGGGUGACCCAUUUGCAGAGCCCGACAUUUUUCCCCACUGAAUUGGAGAUAUGCGACGUUAACGUGGCCUCCCAUUUCAUAUGCGCAAGAGAAGGAACACUCCGACACUACUCUCUAGAUAGCGAGGAUGAUGAUUAUUAUGAUAAUGUAAUUCUUCCCUUUUAUGUAUCUGAGUCAUUAGGUCCGAAUGAUAGAAAAAGCUCUGAUAAAAUAGAAGCCAUAGAGUCGGGAAAAGAUGUUCCAAAAGGGCAAGUCAUCAGCGACAGUGCGCAGGAGACAGACAGACUACGGAGCCAGUUGAAAGAGGCGUAUUACCUUCUUAUAAACACCAUGCAUGAUAUUAGUUUUGAUGGUCAGGUCAGUGURAACGGUUUUAUAGAUCAGGCAAGUUCCUCCAGUCACUCUCGGGACAGCAUGUGCUCACGGUUGUCCAUCAAGCACGUGGACAGUGAUGCUUGGUCGUCGGGAGAGCACAGUGUCCAACAGGUGUCUGACACAGACUCCAUCCUGUUGUGCCUGCUGAGUGAAAACCGUGGGGAUCCAAGUCUCAAAAAUAAUUUCAUUAGCAAGAGCCUCGUGAAUCUAUCUGCUAGCAGGAUUGGGCCUCCCUUAAUGCGUUCCACUAGUGACAGAGCUAUCAAAUACCGCAGUGGUGCGCACAAUGCGCCCUGCGUCCAGGCCCUCGGUUCCCAAAGCCCUGCUGUUGUUGGGGCCUGUGAGAAUGGGGAUAUAGCAAGUAGGCCACAGGCUGUUGGAGCCUCUGACCCGUUUGAGAAACAGGCCAGCUACGAUGGUGGCACGAGCAGCGACGACCUGCUUCAAGACACCGGUGAAGACUUCAAGUUGAACGAGAGUAGUGGCUCGGUCAACAGCCUCACUGGGUCGUCCGACAARGCAGACACCCAGCAGGGUGGUAACAGCAGGCGAGAUGGAGAGAUGAGCGCAUGGGACCGGGGAGGCUCUGCCAAGCCCCAUGGAGUCACCGUCAACAAGAUGCAGGAGUGGAUGCACAAAGGCCGUCUGUUGUCUUCGGAGAUGAAGCAGCGCAUCGCGGGUUCCAUGCCCCAACCCCAUGGCACCCACGGUGGCCUGGAUAGUGCAGCACGGUCCAGCCAGGGCCAGGCCAGCUCAGUUCCAGGUGGAUCUAAACCAGCAGCCCUGACGACCAGAGUUCACGUGGCCAUACCCGCCGCGGUGGUCCCAUGCCAGAGCCAGGCAUUGCAUCAGUCAGCUCUGAUAGAGAAUGUCCACUCCUCCUCCUCCGACAGGCGCGAGGUUGGCGAGGGCAAGGCCAGCGAGCUGUCACUAUGGAGACCCCCACUCAACACCAUCACCGUUUCCAAGAAACGCAACUGGCUCCAGCAGAGCUCUGGGAGGCCGCAUCACACCACCCAGGACGACUCCCAGUGCAUUCUGGGAGCAGAGGAGGACAAUGGACAUGGACACACACCCCUACCCCCUCCUAGCCCCUCCCCGGAGUACCUAAAAGCCCCCGGACCGCCGCCCUCUCGGCCCCUCCGCCUGCACCUACCCCAGGUAAGCAUGUGCCACGCCCGCGUUGGGCCCCAGCCCAGGUGUGUGGACCCGGCCGAGGAGAAUGAUGCGGAUGACGAGGGGGAGAUCUGGUACAACCCCAUCCCUGAGGAUGAAGAACCAGAGCUGCCUCACAUUUACAGACCCACCGCCAUCCCCCAGGUCAGACUGAUGGUCCCUACACGGCCCCAGGAGCUCCAAGCCCCCCAGAUCCAGAGCAGGCCCAGCCAGGAAGGGGGGGGCGGGUGGACCCUGGAAGGCUGCAGCCCUGACUUGGAGGUUGUGGGGGAGAGCCUGGGUGGCGGAGAUGGAGGUGGAGAGGGGAGUCAGCAGGGGAAUGCUGUACAUUCCAUGGAGCCGUCGGUACAGCUGCACAGACAGAUGCUGCUCACAUGCAAACCUCAGGAGGAGGGGCCAUCCAGUUCCAGCAGAGCCACAGCUGCAGCAGAAGGCCCUGACCUGGCCACACCCGGCUUCUCGCCUCCCUCCAGCCCCAACCCUGCUAAGAAGGGAAGCUCCCUCAACUGGUCAUUCCCGGACAAGAUCAAGUCCCCGCGUACCGUCAGGAAACUCUCCAUGAAGAUGAAGAAGCUUCCGGAACUCAGCCGCAAGCUCAGCGUCAAAGGGAUCCCUAGCAACAACAACAACACCAGCGGUAACGGAGCCAGCGCGAGCAGCCAAUCAGAGACAAGGACCCAGUGUCCCAAAACCAAUAGUGGGUCAGAACCAGGCUCAGCUCCUCCCAGGUUGUCCCCAGGGGGCGGGCAGGGGGCGGCCGCCAGCCGUAAUGUGAUCUCGAYAUAUCACUUGGACAGCAGUGUGUCGACGCAGCAAAGUUACAGCAAGAAGAAGAGCAGCGGGACCUCCAUGUCGGCUAGCAAGGGGGGCUACCURAGUGACGGGGACUCCCCAGAACUGGUGGCCAAGUCUGGGAAGCACAGGUCCUCAGAGGGCAAGGGAGGCAAGGGGAAGGAGAAAGAGAAAGACCCAGCCACUGGAGGAGGAGAGAGAACAGGAGCAGGAGGAGUAACAGGAGGAGGUGGCAGCUCCAAGCUGCACGGCACAGAACUAGACAUUGACGCGUUCCGCCACUACGCCUUCACAGAACAGCCCAAGUGCACCCAAUACAUCUCAGGCCUGAUGAGCCUGCACUUCUACGGCGCUGAGGACCUCAAGCCGCCACGUGUCGACUCCCGGGACGUCUACUGCGCCAUCCAGGUGGACUCGGUCAACAAGGCACGCACUGCCCUGCUCACCUGCCGGACCACCUUCCUAGACAUGGACCACACCUUCAACAUCGAGCUGGAGAACGCCCAGCACCUGAAGCUAGUGGUGUUCAGCUGGGACCCCACACCCAAGAAGAACCGUGUGUGCUGUCAUGGCACUGUGGUGCUACCGGCUCUCUUCAGGGUGACCAGGAGUCAUCAGCUGGCCGUGAAGCUGGAGCCACGAGGCCUGAUCUACGUGAAGCUGAACCUGAUGGAGCAUUGGCAGAACUCCCUGGACGGAGGCUACGAUGGGGACCGGGAGCGACAGAUGUUUGGGGUGGAGGCCUGGAGGGUGGUGGAGAGGGAGAACUCAGGACUCAUGGUGCCCCUGCUCAUCGAGAAGUGCAUCACAGAGAUUGAGAAGAGAGGCUGCCAGGUUGUGGGCCUCUACCGUCUGUGUGGUUCAGCGGCAGUAAAGAAGGAGCUUCGGGAGGCCUUUGAAAGGGACAGCCUGCGUGUGGAGCUCUGUGAAAACACCUACCCUGACAUCAACGUCAUCACAGGUGUGCUGAAGGACUACCUGCGUGAGUUGCCGUACCCCCUCAUCACUAAGCACCUGUAUGAGGCUGUGUUAGACUCCAUGGCUAAGAGACCUCUGCGUAUUGGAGCAGGAGGAUGUGAGAACGACCUGGUGGACACAGAACACACUGUCAGCCUGCUGGAGAACCUGCCAGAGGUGGAGAGGUUGACCCUGCGGAGACUGCUGGACCACCUGAAGCUGGUGGCGUCGCACCACGACGUCAACAAGAUGACGUGUCAGAACCUGGCAGUGUGCUUCGGCCCCGUGCUGCUCAGCCAACGCCAGGAGGCCAGCUGCCAUAGCAACCGCGUCUUCAUCGACUCAGAAGAGCUGGCCAGUGCCCUGCACUUUAAGAAGCACAUCGAGGUGCUGCACUACCUUCUGCAGCUAUGGCCAGUGGUGGACCCACAUGGCAAGACCUCAUCCCCCAUCCUGGAGCACCCCGGCCCAGCCGACCAGCCUGCCGCUCCACCCCUGCGUCGGCGGAAGGAGCGUCCCCAGGUGCUGAACUUGAGUGAUGCAGAGAUGGCUGGGGUGCUGCGACCUAGGCCGGGCCGACUGGACAGCCCUAGCAACCGUUACGCUGGUGACUGGAGUCGCUGUGGAGAGCGCUACCUCCCCCCUCCUCUGCCCCAGGAGGAAAAUGACUAUGAUGAUGUUCCUUCUGAGGAUAUGGAGGUCACUGAGGAGGGACAGGAAGGACAGGAGACGGAGAAGGAGGGGYGAGAGGAGCUGAGACAGGAAGGAUUACUGGACAGUGGACAGGAGGAAGGACAGGCAGAGCCACCUACAGCAAAACAGGAACCCCCACUACUCCAGGAGGUGAUGGAGGGACCUGUAGAGAAGGAGGAAGAGGAGAGAGAAGCAGAGGAGGAGAGAGUGGAGGAGAGCGAUGUCUCCGGUGGCGGUCAGCCGUCAGACGAUAGGGUGUGUGAUGAUGAUGAUGAUGAUGAUGAGCGCAUCCUGCCCCUCCACAACCCCAAAGAGCACACAUACCAGGCUUACAUGAAGAUCCAGGACAUCAGCCCCGUUCUCAGCAACAGGGUCAACCUGCGAGACCUGCAGGAGAGCAUCGACACACUCAUAGGCAACCUGGAGAGAGAGCUCAACAAGAACAAUCUCAAAGUUAGCUACUGACGCAACACACAUUCAGCCCCACAGACUACUGACUCAAACACACAGCCCAACAGGCUACUGACUCAAACACACAGCCCAACAGGCUACUGACUCAAACACACAGCCCAACAUGCUACUGACUCAAACACACAGCCCAACAGGCUACUGACUCAA